AUGGCAUCAAUUAAUUUAUCUGAUGAUUUAUUGAAUAACUUUGAAGAAUCAAUUAAAUCAUUUGUUGCCUUUCUUCUUCAAGAUCCAUGUACAGGUUCAAGUUCAGCUGUAGCAUCGGCUUCAUCAUCUGAACACAAUGCAGCUGCUGUUGAACAACAUAUGAAUCGCAUAUAUGAAUCUGCAAAUGUAAUUGAAUCUAAUUUAUUACAAUUGAAAACAUUAGUUAAUCGAACAUUACCUGUAGAACAAAUACUUGAAAAUAUAACUGAUUUACGAACAAAUAUUGAACGAAAAGAAACAUUAUUACGCGAAUUCAAUCAAUAUUUAAAUGAUGCUAUUGCUGAUUUUAGUGCUGAAAAUACAGAAAGUCUCAAUGGAUUACUUGAUGAAUUAAGUCGUGGUACGACAACAACAUCGGGUUUAACCAAUGCAGAUCUCGGUGAUAGUUUAUCGCAAACAGCAGCAACAGCAAGUCAACCUUCACUUCUUGGCAAUAUGACACAUUCCAAUCCACCAACGUCAGAUUCUUCUCAAGAUUCUCUUCGACAAUUUUUGAACUAA